AUAAGUUUGAAAUGUUUUUCUGGAUUGCAAUUGAGUAAUUAAACAGUGAAGAGAUGAUAUAAGGUAUUUGGCAUCUCAGCUUUUACAUUAGAAACUAACUGAAAGAGAUUUUCUUGGUUUCUUGAAGUUAUUCGUGCAUACUGUUAUGAUUAUGGUACAUUAAAGGAUUUUGGGGUACUUACUGCCUUCCUCGGAUUGGCCAUACCAUCAACCCUAUAUUGACAUCUGAAUUGCUGUAUUUUUCACUAUGGAGAUGAAGUUAGAGGGAAUAGAAGGAUCCUUGGUUUUGAUUAAGCAAGGCGCUGAGGCUAGGGUGUUUGAGUCGACUUUUGUUGGUAGAAGGUCUAUCGUUAAGGAACGGUUUCCAAAAAAAUAUCGGCAUCCAUUUUUGGACUCAAAGCUAACUCUCAAACGUCUUAAUGCGGAAGCUCGGUGCUUGACAAAAGCUAGAAAGCUUGGGGUUUCCACUCCGGCGCUCUAUGCUGUCGAUCCCUUGCUACAUACUCUUACGUUUGAGUAUGUGGAAGGUCCUGCUGUGAAAGACGUAUUACUCGACUUUGGCUUGCAUGGUAUUGUUGAAGAACGAUUAGAUGAUAUUGCAACACAGAUUGGUGAUGCCAUCGGGAAACUACAUGAUGGUGGCCUGAUCCAUGGUGAUUUGACAACAUCAAACAUGUUAGUUCGUCACGGUACUAAUAAGUUGGCACUCAUCGAUUUCGGCCUAAGCUUCACUUCGACGCUUCCAGAAGAUAAAGCUGUCGAUCUUUAUGUUCUUGAACGAGCAUUGAUAUCUAUGCACUCUUCAUGCGGGAAUGUGAUGGAACGAAUCCUUGCUGCAUACAAGAAAUCCUCGAAGCAGUGGUCCUCAACCUUGAACAAGCUAGCUCAAGUACGACAAAGAGGAAGAAAACGCACAAUGAUCGGGUGAGCUCCUUGCCCUUCUCUCGACCAGGUUAAAAAGGAUUAGAAGGAAGGGCACAAGGUAUUUGGAUUUGAUUCUCGAAACUAAAGGCAAAGACGUUCGUGUAUUAUUAUUGGCCUGUAAUUACCAUAUAUCUAUUUGAUAAAUCAUUUUGUAUUGAA